AUUGCAUAUUCAAAAACCAGAAACUGGUGCAACAUGAGUCAUGUGGUGCGUAUAAAUUGGCUAGAGCAUCUGAUUACUUCCUCUGGCUUCAUUUUUUCUCUUCUUCUUACCUUCUUUGUAUUGUUCUUGUUCUUCCUGUUUAGUUCAAAAGCUAAGCAGUACUACUACAAAACCAGCAAUAAACACAAGUUACCACCUUCACCAUCAAAGCUACCUUUUAUAGGAAACAUUCACCAUAUAACCUCCUCACCUCAUCUUUCAUUUCACCUUCUGUCUCAAGAAUAUGGGCCACUGAUGUUUUUCUACCUUGGCCGAGUUCCGACCCUUAUAGUCUCAUCUGCUGCCGUGGCUGAAGCAAUCCUAAAAACAAAUGAUUUAGUUUGUUCAAGUAGACCCACUUCGAGGAUCUCCAAGCGGCUAUUGUAUGAUAAUAAGGACCUCGUUGUAGCUCCCUACGGCGAGUAUUGGAGGCAAAUUAGAAAAAUGUGCAUGUUGCAACUCUUAAGUCCAAAAAGAGUCCAAAUGUAUCAGUUCGUUAGGGAAGAAGAAACAGCUCUGAUGAUCAAGAUGAUAAGUCAGAAGUCUGCUUCUAGUUUAAGUUCUUCUUCAGGGAAUUUGGUAAAUUUGAGCGAAGAACUAUCAUUGCUCUUGAAUAACAUAAUCUGUAGAGUAUCAUUAGGGAAGAAGUAUAGUGAAGAGGAGGGUGGUGGGAAGGGCUAUAAGAAUAUGAUUAACGAGUUGCAAGAAUUAUUGGGUGCUGUUGAUAUUGGAGAUCAUCAACCUUUACUUUGUUGGUUGAAAUAUUUUAACGGUUUGCAUUCAAGAAUAGAAAAGAGCUUCAGAGUUACUGAUCGGUUUCUUGAACAAGUAAUCGAAGAUCAUGUAUCGACGAGAAACAUAAAGAAAAAGAGUGAUCAAGAGGAAGACUUUGUGGAUGUUUUACUUGACAUUGAAAAGCAAGGCUCAAUUGGUCUUCCUUUCACCAGAGAUAACAUCAAAGCCAUUAUUUUGGACAUGUUUUCAGCUGGGACUGACACCACAUACACGGUCAUAGAAUGGACAAUGGCUGAACUUAUGAAGCAUCCUGAAGCCAUGAAGAAUGUACAAGAGGAAGUUAGAAGUAUCACCAAAGGUCAAUCGAAAGUCACCGAAGAACUUAUUCAGCAAAUGCACUACUUAAAGUCAGCUAUUAAGGAAACUUUGCGGUUACAUCCUCCUAUUCCGUUAUUAGUUCCACGCCUAUCAACAGAAGACAUUAAAGUCAAUGGGUAUGACAUUCCUGCGAAAACAACAAUCAUUGUAAAUGCUUGGGCUAUCGGAAGAGACCCAGACUCAUGGGAGGAACCAGAAAAAUUCUGUCCGGAAAGGUUCUUAAAUGGAGGAUCAAGUUCUGAAAUUGAUUUCAAAGGUUUUGAUUUUGAGUUGGUUCCGUUUGGAGCUGGAAGAAGAGGAUGUCCAGGGAUCCAUCUUGCCAUGGCUACAGUAGAACUUGCAUUAGCUAAUCUUCUGAACGAAUUCAACUGGGAGAUGCCAAAUGGAUUGAUGAAUGAGGAUCUAGACAUGGUUGAAGGUACAGGACUUACAGUUCAUAAAAGAUCUGCCUUAGUUCUUUUGGCUACACCAUAUGUAAGUUAAACGCUCAGGACGUACUCCGAGUUUGAUUGUGCAUCUUUUAUAUGUAAGCUCUUAAUGAGUAACCAGUUUUUGUUGCAACCCUGGUAUAGGGGCGGCAAGUUCUAGUAGAGGGGCGGCAAGUGUGAUAGCAAUGUCCCUCUAAUUGGUUAGGGGAUGUCUUAUAGGGGUAUAAAUUGACUAGGUUACCCUUUUUGCUUUAAAUGGACUAAUUUAUCCCUCCUUUUUAAAUUGAAAA